ACUCACUGCUGCUCUGACUGUGGGAAGAGAUUCACCUCAUCAGGCAUUAAAAUUCACCAGAGAAUCCACACAGGAGAGAAACCUUACGGCUGUACUCAAUGUGGGAAGAGUUUUGUUCAAUAUAGCCAUCUGAAGAUACACCAGAGAACACACACAGGAGAGAAACCUUAUAGCUGUACUCAAUGUGGGAAGAGUUUUAGUCAUUCAACCAGCCUGAUAUCACACCAGAGAAUACACACAGGAGAGAAACCUUACAGCUGUGAUGAAUGUGGGAAGAUUUUUACUACAUCUAGAAAUCUGACUCUACACAAGAGAACACACACAGGAGAGAAGCCGUAUAGCUGUGAUCAAUGUGGGAAGAGUUUUACUCAGCUAAGCAGCCUGACAUCCCACCAGAGAACACACACAGGAGAGAAACCAUAUAACUGUGAUGAAUGUGGGAAGAUUUUUACUAGAUCUAGCAAUCUUACUCGACACCAGAGAAUACACACAGGAGAGAAACCUUUUAGCUGUGAUCAAUGUGGGAAGAGUUUUGUUUUAUCUUGCCUUCUGACUGUACACCAGAGAAUACACACAGGAGAGAAACUAUAUAGCUGUGAUGAAUGUGGGAAGAUUUUUACUAGAUCUAGCAAUCUGACUCUACACCAGAGAAUACACACAGGAGAGAAACCUUUUAGCUGUACUCAAUGUGGGAAGAGUUUUACCCAGCUAAGCAGCCUGAUAUCACACCAGAGAACACACACAGGUGAGAAACCUUUUAGCUGUACUCAAUGUGGGAAGAGUUUUACUCAGCUAAACAGCCUGAUAUCACACCAGAGAUCACACACAGGAGAGAAACCAUAUAGCUGUGAUGAAUGUGGAAAGAUUUUUGCUAGGUCCAGCAAUCUGACUCUACACCAGAGAAUACACACAGGAGAGAAACCUUUCAGCUGUACUCAAUGUGGGAAGAGUUUUACUCAGCUAAGCAACCUGAUAUCACACCAGAGAACACACACAGGAGAGAAACCAUAUAGCUGUGAUCAAUGUGGGAAGAGUUUUGUUCAAUCUAGCCAUCUGAAGAUACACCAGAGAACACACACAGGAGAGAAACCUUUUAGCUGUGAUCAAUGUGGGAAGAGUUUUGUUCAAUCUGGUGAUCUGACAGUACACCAGAGAACACACACAGGAGAGAAACCUUAUAGCUGUAAUCAAUGUGGAAAGAGUUUUGUUUCAUCUACGGGUCUGACAGUACACCAGAGAACACACACAGGAGAGAAACCUUAUAGCUGUAAUCAAUGUGUGAAGAGUUUUGCUACAUCUGGGCAGCUGACUGUACACCAGAGAACACACACAGAAUAGAAAUCGUAUAGCUCUAAUUGAUGUGUGAAGAGUUUUACUCAGUCAAACAGCCUGGUACAACACCAGAGAACACACACAGGAGAGAAAUCUCUUAGCUGUGACCAGAGAUAAUCUGAUAAAAGAUCUCAGAUCAAAUAUCAGAAAGUACGUACAUGAAAGAGUUGUUUCAUGAUAUCAAUUAAUUAAUGUCACAAUGUAGAAUGUUUUAACAUUGUAGGAGUGUUUUAAUAAUGUCACAAUGUAGAAGCCUAAAUGUU